GAAUUUUCCUGAUAGGUUUGUGUCCUGGAUGCUGAAGUUCCUAUCUGCUGCUCAUUUCUCUAUACUCAUCAUUGGUACUCCACAAGGUUAUUUUAGAGGGCAAAGGGGGCUGAGACAGGGAGAUCACAUCUCGCCCUAUCUAUUUGUUUUGGGGAUGGAGUAUUUGUCUAGGCUCUUUAACAAGGCUACCUUAAAUUCUACUUUUCAAUUUCACUAACACUGCAAGGAAACAUAGUUAAAUUAUUUAAUUUCGCCAGUGACCUGAUGCUGUUCAACAAAGCAGAACCCUACGUUAUGGGAUGGUUGAAAGCAAGGCUACCAUUUCUCGCUGACAUUAUUAACUACUGUAUUGAAAUAUGAGGAAUUUGCUUCAAUAUUUGAUUUUGGGUUCCUCACAAAGUAUUUUUUGACUUUUGAAAAUUAUAUGAGUGGAGAUUCUUGGAUAUCUGCAUUCCCUGAAGAGGACAAUAUAUUCUGCUGAAAAGGGACUGUUACCAGUAGCAAAGACACUGUAUCUGAUGCAACAGGGUACAGGCUUUCCCUUUCAUUUCCCACUGAUUACCCAUUUAAGCCUCCAAAGGUCAAGUUUGAGACUGGCUGCUUCCAUCCUAAUGGCUGCUUCCAUCCUAAUGUUGAUGUCUAUGGCAACAUCUGCUUGGACAUUCUUCAGCCAAUUUAUGCAGAGAAGAAUGGUUCAUUCAUUGACUUACAGGCUAUGACUUCAGCCAUGUUUGUUAAUAUAAUUUGAUCUUAUAAAAGUAUAACCUUGAUGGAUUUUUGCAUGAUAAAUGGUCCUCUGCUUAUUGUGUGAGGAACAUAUUGCUUUCAAUUCUGAGUUUACUUGGAGACAACUCUUUUUCCUUUCUUUCUUUUCUAACUUCCUAUAUCAACUCCAAAUGUUUAUUUAUUUUUUCCCUGUUGCUUAUCUGAUAUUCAGAACCAAUCAUUAGUUCACCACUAAACACCCAAGUAGCACAACUUUGUACAAUCAAGAAGAAUAUAGGAAGAUGGUUGAGAAGUUGCACAAGCCUCCCAAAUCCUAAUUCAUAAUUUGAGAUGCAGGCGGGGUUAAGGAGUUGAGAGACUACUUUUCCUCUUCUUCCUUCUAGGACUGACACAAGAGCAAGAUAUAUCAAUUUUGUUCAGCAUACUUUUUUUUUUUUUUUUGCUUCAUUUCUUUUUGAUCUCUGGAAUUUGGAUCUUCAUCCCUCUCACCAGCCUUUGAACCCAGACCCCAAGGCCAAGAAACCAGAUUCUUGGCC